AUGGCAGCUGCGGCCCGGGAAGGGGUCUCCCUACCGGAGAACACACAGGAAACUGCCCGAACCCCAACUCGCGCGGACGCAGUCCCCCGCGCACCCCGGGCAGCAUUCGGCUUCGCGCGCACACUCACCACGGCUGAAGACAGGCUAGAGUUUCCCGGCUUUGGGCAUGGAGGGGUUCCGAAGACCCGGCCACCGCCUCCUCGGCGCGCGGCCCUCCCCUUCCUCCGCCCUGCGCCCGCCCUCCGCGCCCCGCGCUCCCUUGCGCCCCUCCCGCCGGACUCGGCUCGGCUUUCCCCUCUCCGGGGCUUCCUGAGAGCCGAAAAUAGCUCUGCCGAGCCACGUGGACUGCCGCGGGCUGGGCUGAGGCCCGGCCGGGGAGACGCUGGAGGCGGCGGUAGCGGCGGCUGCGGCGCGGGGACCGUAUCACCGCCCAAAGAGCGGCUGUGCUGGAAAGCUUCGCGACUCCCCGGGUCCGAUCACCGCCGAAAGCGGGAGAGGCUAGGGAAGAGCGCCGCGGCGGCCCAGGGGCCCUGGGGUCAGCCCGGGGAGGAGGCGAUGGGCGCACUCCGAGCGGACUUGGCGGUGCCCAGAAGAGCCCGAGUCGGGUGCACGGUGGCGAGAGGGGCCGAUUCCCCUGCUGGCGACCGGGCAGCCAGCCGACUGCCUCUAAAGGCGCGGGACUCGAGCAGUUCCUGAGGCCAGAGAAUGACUUCGGCUUGGACUUGGCCUACCCAGGAGACCAAUACAAAUGGACGUUUGGGUGAAGUGUCCCGCCAGGCCUGUUAGCCCAGGUUCCACUCACGUCGGCCAGAGGAACGCUCCCAGAUACCCACCAGUGGACUUCACAUGUGGACCACCCGUUCCCUGGCAGGACCCUCACCACCCGAACCCUGUCUGAUGCACUUCCCUCUUUUCAAGGCAGAGUGCAGGGGUCGUCCCUGUGUGGAGGCUUUGCCAUUGUCCCCUGUCCAUCCUGUCUCCUCUGCUCAUGAACCCUUCCGUCUCCCAAUCAGGUAUUACUGUGUAUUUAGUAGCUGUUUGAUUAUUAAGUUCUAUUUCCACUUAGAUGGAAGGACCUUGGAGAAGAAGUACAAUCCUUCCUUCGUUCAACAAAAAUAUGGGGAGCACCACUUUGCCAGAGGUUGUCCUAAGUGUGGGAAUGUGGAGGUGACCAUGACAGUGCCCAUCCUCAGAGAGCCCAGAGUUUGUCAGGGGAUGGCCACUCUAUCUCACUGGGCAGUGCUGUGAUAUGGUGGAGGGUAUACUGAAGCCACUGAAAGGGCUCCUUCCAGGGUCAGACACAGGACCUGUGAACGUGAGCGAGACGUGUGAGCGGAAUGUCUGCAGCACCCUCACUACACGGCUCUGGAAGCCAGGGAGCAGGCAGGGCUCUGGAAACAGCUGGAAGCACUGGACAGUUCUCCGUGGUGGCGUUGGCAGUGCCAGAUGAUCUUGGGCAUCCAAGGCGCCAGGGGAGGGAAGCUGGAAGGAGGUAGCUGCAACUUGGGAGCAUGAAGCAGAAGACAGGGCAGGUCGGGCAGUGAGACAGGCAAAUGCUCACACUUCUGUUCCCAGCAUGGCAGGCGGAGGCGAGGCUAGUGGCGCAGUCCCCAACAACCGUCUCCUGCCUCUUUCUUGCAGUGUAAUCAUGUUGGCUUUCCUUUAAACACAUGUUUUAUCUAGAGAGAGCAGAUUUUUAAUGGCCACCCAAAGUGCGAGUGAUUAGGGUGAGAGGCAGAAAGACCUUGACCCUGAAGGCGCUUCCGGCAGUGGGACCAACACCAGUGGCAUCUUUGGGGACUCUCCUGUUUUGUGAAAGGAACUGUGCAGCAGUGUUUAACCACAUACCUAGUGCACGCAGGUUUUCUGUUACUGCAACCCAAGUAAAACCGUGACUCCGGGGGAAUGGUGGAAGUCUCCUGGGAAGGAGGAGAGAGAGAGGGGUACUAUUUUUAUAUGUCACAUUUCAGUUUUUUAUGGAACACUCAUUUGCAACUCAUUCUGAUUACCAAUCUUGCAUAAAAACCUCCCCAAAAUUAGAGGCAAAAGAAAAGACACCUCUUCCUUAUGACCAUCUGCUCCAUGGGUCAGGGAUUUGGACAGAGCUCAGUAGCAUGCUGAUCUGUGUCCCAUCAUGUCUGGGUAGACUUGAAGUCGAGGGCAACUCAGGGCUGAGGGAUCUUCACUGUGUGAAGGCUGAGGCCACGGUGGGCUGGACUGAAGGCUGAGCACAGAUACAUUGACCAGAGCAUCCUAUGGCCUCUCCAUGUGGCCUGGGUGUCUUGCAGCAUGAAGGCUGGACUCUGAGAAGGAGUGGCCCAACUGAGCUGGUAGCAACCGCAUGCCUUUUAUGACCUAACUCAUCAGCUAGUCGUCCCUUGGUAUCCACAGGAAUUGAUUCCAGGAAACUCCUUUAGACACUAAAAUCUGCCAGUGCUCAAAUGACAUAGUAUUGACGUAAUAUAUAUAUAU